AACACCCUCCUUUACGAACCCCCUCCUCACUUGUUUCCACCACAACACCACUAACACACUUCCAAGUAGAGAGAGAAAAACUAAAGAGAGGGAGAGGGAAAAGAGAGCCAUGGAUGGAAUGCAUGAUCAUGGUAUGGGUGAUAUGGGUAUGGGUAUGGAUAUGGAGAUGAGUCACAUGACCUUCUUUUGGGGGAAGAAUGCAGAGGUACUGUUCCAUGGAUGGCCUGGACACAGUUCUGGCAUGUACGCGCUGUCCUUGAUAGUGGUCUUUGUUUUGGCUAUUAUUGUUGAGUGGUUCUCUCACUGCCAGUUAAUUAAGGCCGGUACAAACCAUGUCGCGGCCGGGCUGGUUAAGAAUGUUAUGCAUACUUUGAGGGUUGGUGUUUCUCUGUUGCUGAUGUUGGCUAUCAUGUCUUUCAAUGUUGGUGUGUUCUUAGCCGCCGUGGUCGGUCAUACUGUGGGCUUCUUGCUUUUUGGGAGUGGGAUUUUCAAGAAAUCCGACGCUGCUACUCCUCACAAAACUUCUCAUUCUGAUCUCUCUCCAAUGACUUGUUGAUGGAUGAAUAAUUCAUCUCUGUUUCUAGGAAUUAAUCAACUUUUCAUACGUUACACAUGCUUAAUCAUUUAUGCUUUUGGGUGUUAAUUAUGAUGUUUGUUUAUGUAUUUGUCUGGUUCUUAGUUCUCACACAGGGAGAAUACAUUGUUUGCCCCACCCACCAGAUACACCGGUUUUGGCCGACAAAAUACAAAAAAAUAAAAUUCCAAUUUUGCCUCCA